AUGCUGGACUGCAGCGACUACGUUCUAGACUCAAGAAUGAACAAUCCGUCAGAAACCAGUAAACCAUCGAUGGAGAGUGGGGACGGGAACACAGGCACGCAAACAAAUGGCCUGGACUUUCAAAAGCAGCCUGUGCCUGUCGGAGGAGCAAUCUCUACAGCCCAGGCCCAGGCCUUCCUUGGGCACCUUCAUCAGGUCCAGCUCGCUGGAACAAGUUUACAGGCUGCUGCUCAGUCCUUAAGUGUACAGUCUAAAUCUAAUGAAGAAUCUGGGGACUCUCAGCAGCCAAGCCAGCCUUCCCAGCAGCCUUCAGUGCAGGCGGCCAUACCCCAGACCCAGCUCAUGCUGGCCGGAGGACAGAUCACUGGGCUCACGUUGACGCCAGCCCAGCAACAGUUAUUGCUCCAACAGGCGCAGGCCCAGUUGCUGGCGGCUGCAGUGCAGCACUCAGCCAGUCAGCAGCACAGCGCUGCUGGUGCCACCAUCUCGGCCUCUGCUGCGACGCCGAUGACGCAGAUCCCUCUAUCUCAGCCAAUACAGAUUGCACAGGAUUUGCAGCACUUGCAGCAGCUUCAGCAGCAGAAUCUCAACCUGCAACAGUUUGUGUUGGUGCAUCCAACAACCAACUUGCAGCCAGCACAGUUCAUCAUCUCACAAACGCCGCAGGGGCAGCAGGGUCUCCUGCAAGCGCAGAAUCUCUUAACGCAACUACCUCAGCAAAGCCAAGCCAACCUCCUGCAGUCUCAGCCAAGCAUCACCCUUGCCUCGCAGCCAGCAACCCCAACACGCACAAUAGCAGCGACCCCCAUUCAGCCACUUCCACAGAGCCAGUCAACACCAAAGCGAAUUGACACUCCCAGCUUGGAGGAGCCCAGUGACCUUGAGGAGCUUGAGCAGUUUGCCAAGACUUUCAAACAAAGACGGAUCAAACUUGGAUUCACUCAGGGUGAUGUUGGGCUCGCUAUGGGCAAACUCUAUGGAAAUGACUUCAGCCAAACUACCAUCUCUCGCUUUGAAGCCUUGAACCUCAGCUUUAAGAACAUGUGCAAGUUAAAGCCACUUCUGGAAAAGUGGCUCAAUGAUGCAGAAAACCUCUCAUCUGAUUCAACUCUCUCCAGCCCAAGUGCCCUGAAUUCUCCGGGGCAAGGGAUUGAAGGCUUGAACCGUAGGAGGAAGAAACGCACCAGCAUAGAGACCAACAUACGUGUGGCCUUAGAGAAGAGUUUCCUGGAGAACCAAAAGCCUACCUCGGAUGAGAUCGCCAUGAUAGCUGACCAGCUAAACAUGGAGAAGGAGGUGAUCCGCGUUUGGUUCUGUAACCGGCGCCAGAAGGAGAAAAGGAUCAACCCACCCAGCAGUGGUGGAACCAGCAGCUCGCCCAUCAAAGCAAUUUUCCCCUGUCCAACCUCACUGGUGGCAACCACGCCAAGCCUUGUGACUAGCAGUGCAGCUACAACCCUGACUGUCAACCCCGUGCUCCCUCUGGCCAGUCCUGCUGUCACCAGUCUGUCAGUCACAGGCACUACAGAAACCACCUCCAACAACACGGCAACAGUGAUUUCAACAGCACCUCCGGCUUCUUCAGCAGUGACAUCACCCUCCCUGAGUCCUUCCCCUUCUGCCUCAGCCUCCACUUCAGAGGCAUCCAGUGCCAGUGAGACCAGCACAACACAGACAACCUCCACCCCCUUGUCCUCCCCUCUCGGGACCAGCCAGGUGAUGGUAACGGCGUCAGGGUUGCAAACAGCGGCAGCGGCCGCGUUACAAGGAGCUGCACAGUUGCCUGCAAAUGCAAGUCUUGCUGCCAUGGCUGCUGCAGCAGGACUAAACCCAGGCUUGAUGGCAUCCUCGCAGUUUGCAGCUGGAGGUGCCUUACUCAGUCUCAAUCCAGGGACAUUAGGUGGUGCUCUCAGCCCGGCCCUGAUGAGCAACAGUACACUGGCAACUAUUCAAGCUCUUGCAUCUGGUGGCUCUCUUCCAAUAACAUCACUGGAUGCAACUGGAAACUUGGUGUUUGCCAAUGCUGGAGGUACCCCUAACAUCGUCACUGCCCCUCUGUUCCUGAACCCUCAGAACCUUUCUCUGCUCACCAGCAACCCAGUUAGCUUGGUCUCUGCAGCUGCAGCCUCCGCAGGGGCCUCUGGACCAGUCGCCAGCCUUCACGCCACCUCCACCUCAGCCGAGUCCAUCCAGAACUCUCUCCUCACCGUGGCCUCUGCCAGCGGGGCCACGUCCACCACCACUACUGCCUCCAAGGCACAGUGAGCUGGGCUGGGCUGUGCUCCAGCAGCCUGGGUCACUGUGCGCUGGGAUCGGCUGCCAGCCCGGUCGAUGAACUGAAAAUGCCGUGGGCAUCCUCUCACCGUGUUGCUGGGGACGAGAGAGAGAGAAAGAGAGAGAGAGAGAAGGAAAAAUAUUUAAAAAAAAAAAAAAAAAAAAAAACCAACAAAAAAAAAGGAGAAAAAAAAAAACAAAAGCAAAACAGGAAGGAUUUAAAGCUGGGACAGACAUUUGCCUAAUUUUAUAAUAAACACUGUCUUUUCAGGAUCGCUUCAUGGAUCGGAGAACUUUCUAACCAAAAAUGUAAAAAAAAAAAAAAAAAAAAAAAAAAACCACAAAAAAACUAAAAACCACAAAAACACAAAAAAAGUGAAAGGACUACUUAUCAUUUCCAGCAGUCACAAUGACAAGUUAAGGUGGGUUAUCAGUUCAAACACAGGAAGGGGAUUUCUUGGUUUUUUUGGUCUAAAUAUCUUUCUUUUUUAAUUAUCAUUUUAUAGGUCUGUUGUACAGGCCAUUGUGUCAUACAAGGUGUUUAUAAUCGUAUCAAUCAUGUUGGGGGUUCCUUUCUUAACUGGUACAAUUUAGGCAGGCCUGUAUUACUGGUGUAUCUCUAUUAUUAUUAUGAUUAUUAUUAUUAUUUUUAUUUUUAUAUAUAUAGUUUGGACGCGUUUGUCUUUUGCUCCUGGAUUAUUUUCAGCGAGCUCCCACACCAUGGGGGGAGGGCGGGGGGUGGAGAGGAAGAAUGGAGCACAAAUAGACUUUCUGUCCUAAUCUUCUGGAAAUGUUCUGAACAGUUUCCUCAUCCUUGAAUUUGUCUAAUGCCUACUUGUAGGGGUCAGAAGAAUUUAUGUUCAAUGCUUGUGCAGGAAGCUCAGUGCAGCAGCAGAGAUCAUUGUGUGCAAACUUCCAGGCUGGUCUCUGCUUUUUAAGCAGAGGUAGGAAUUAGUUCCAAACUACCAUUCUCCUUCUGUCAGAUAUUUAGACAAAAUGGCCAAAUUCUGUUCUUAACUUCAUGUGCUUGGUUCCUUUUACGUCAGAGAGUGGGAUGUGACCUCCCGAGUGUGGAUUGUGUGACAAUACUGAUGGCUCUUCUGUUCCAGUGAUCUCGCUUUGCUGUGCAAGAGCACACACAAAUAUUUAAAAAACAUCAUGACCCGGGCUAAUUGGCAGCAUGUGAAGCAGCAUUUACAGUCCUAGAUACCCUCUAGGUGAGUUGGUACCAGAUUUCAGAAGGUCACAUUCUCCCCAUUUCAUAGCAAUAUUCCUUUUCUGAUGCUUCCAACACUCUUUAGAAGAGCUUCCUAGUAAAACAAAAAAAAAAGUGCUUCUGGCUGUAAAAGACAGAAGACAGGAAUAUGGGAACAGAAGGUGCCAUUGUUAAUGCCAACACAACGGAGCCACUCUGGGGCUUUGCACACCCCGGGCUGAUCUCGUGUGGUCUCUGAGCUGCAGGGGUGAGGGUGGCAGUCAGCGCCUCUGGCCAGUGUCCAGGGCUGGCCUGGCACUGGAACUCACUUUUUAAGGCUGAUUUUGAUCCGUGGAGCAAAGGAUAUUUUUGUGGAUGAGGAAGGAGUAAUGAACUGUACAGAAGUUAGAUCCGUAUAUUCUUAAAUAUACAAUCUAGUAUCCGAACCAAAAAAAAGAAAAAAAAGAUUUUUAAAGAGAGAAGACUGGAUCACUGCAAUGCAGUUCACGUUGAACUUUCCAUUCCUGAUGGAUUUAAAGGUUUCUGCCAUGUGUAUAAAACUAAAUUCCUUUUAACUAAUGAGGGUAUUAGAAGAGUCCCUUUCCCACCCACCCUGUUUUCUUUUGUCACCAGAGUGUCCUAAAAUAAUGAGCUGAUGCAGCUAUGUUCAUUUUGUUGAUGAUUCAGGGGGAUCCUGGAGCUUCUCAUCCAAGAUCUAGAAGGCAGCAACUUUAAACUCUACGCAUGCUUUGGUUUAUGGCCUGAGCAUGUGGGAUUUGUGUUUGCACUCAAGUGGCAGAACCCCUUAUCUCUCCCCCCACCACCAUGGUUUUGCUCUGUUCAUCUCUAACUCUCCACCUUCCUGUUUUACUGAUGUUUAAACCAAUUACCCCUAAAACUUCAAAACUAGUGAACUGCAAGCAGGGAAACUAACAAAUGUCCGUCCACCGUUUCUUAUGUGUUUUUGAUUUUUUUAUGUUUUAUUUUUUUAAAAACUAAGCUUGAACCAAAGUCAAUUUCUAGCAAGCUGCUGUACUAAUGGACUAGUUUGUGUAAGUGCAGUUCAGAUGCAGAGAGGCGAUAGAUGCUACUGACAAUUUCUUUUUCAUUUGUCUUUUGUUUUUAUUAAUUUUAUAUAAAAGUUGCUGCUUGUUUUUAAUCUUUUUUUUUUGAUUGGUAAUUUGUGUUAUCCUUGGGGCAGACUCUUAACUUGAUUUUAAUUUGUUUUCUUUUAUUUGAUGUGUAAAUAGAAUGGCAGUGUCAGAGGAUUGUUAAUCCAAGAGGUCCCACCUUUACCCCCCCCCCAGUAUGGAUGAAUCUCAGUAUUUUUGAUGUGUCUCUACGUCUUCAGGCCGUGCAGGAGACUUAAGGCUGUGAAUAACACUGCAAAAAUGGCAGUGGCCCACAGUAAAAGCUUCAGAGCAGCAACAGGUACAGCUGGGUGAGCUUCAGGGAGGUAGGGAAAAAGUAGAAGAGAAGAUGCUGGUACCCACUGUGCUGGUCUGGAGGCCACAGCACGGUCUACAGUUUUUACCAAAGGAAUACAAGUCCUUGGACUUGUUUUGAGUGAAGUAAGAGGAUGGGGAAAACAGCAGCUGUAGCGUUUGUUCCUGACUCUGAAAGUCCCUGCUUACUUUCACACCUGUGCAAAGGUACAAUUUAUCAGGAAGCUUUUUUUUGUUAGAGGGGGGAGACCACCGGGCUUGUCUCCGAUGGAUCCCCUCCUCCCCAAGGGUUUUGUGGUGGGGUGGGGGGCGUGGUCCUUGCAGAUACCUAGGAAACACAAAGA